AUGUCAGGCUUUGAAAUCGAAACGUUCGAUGACCGCGAUACUACACAUCUACUGAACCAAGAGAGCUGGUCUUCACAAGGUUUUUGGAACGCAAGCAAUGGAUCGUCGGGGACACUUCCAUCACCGAACGGCGGUAGUGGCACUUUUACUAUAAACCUGCUAUUGGUCCCUAUUAUUAUGGAUUACGCCCUUACUGCAACCCCAGGAGUCAAAUCUUUAUGCCAUAUAACGCCAACAAUGCCAUCUACCGGCCUAACAUUUCGUAACAUAGUCGAUCCACUGAUACUGUCUUUCCGUCUUGUUUUACAGUCAGCAUCGCUCUCACGGAUGUUUGCCCUCCUAGGCAUAGACGAGACAAUCUUUGAAAACGAACUUGGCCCUGAAUCCAGCGGACAUUCGGAGAUCACCGUCGACAAAAUCGCACACCAAAUUCCAGAUCCUCCAGCAGACUCGUCAUCGACAAUCUCAACCUCUUCCUCCUCAACUUCCGCAUUAAAUGUCCCAUCGCCAUCCACAUCUGCCAGAUCCAGCUCCUCUCCACCGGUUGGCGCCAUCAUCGGCGGAGUCAUGGGUGCACUUGCAUUCCUCUUCAUCCUCGUCGCUUUCUGGAGGCAAAUGCGUCGGCGGCGUGCGCAUAAGACUGAAAAGACCUCUCUGAUCACACCUACUUCAGCUGCGGAGGCGGAGGCGUAG